AUUCCGAGUCAAGGAUUUGGCAUUGAAGGAGCUGCAUAAAAGGCGGCCCCUGCAGCAGCUCGGGGCCUUCCUGCAGAGCUCCUCUCUGUGAUGCUGGGCCUCCGCUGAGACAGACCCCCUCCGUCAGGGCCCUCUGCUGUGGUCAUGGCUUGGUUUCUGUGUCUCUCUGGGUUUUUGGCCGUGGGCCUGGUUUUGUUGGCUCUGCAUCUGAAGCUCAAGACGUCCGGUCAUGGCCCUCGGGAGCCCCCCCAUCUCCCAGCACUACCCCUGAUCGGCAGUCUGCUGAGUCUGCGAAGCCCGCAGCCUCCUCAUGUGCUUUUUAAAGAACUGCAGAAGAAAUACGGACAGACGUACUCUCUGAUGAUGGGCUCCCACUGGGUCAUCAUCAUCAACCAGCACGUACACGCCAAAGAAAUCCUGCUGAAGAAGGGGAAGAUAUUUGCAGGAAGACCCAGAACUGUAACCACAGACGUUCUGACCAGAGAUGGGAAAGACAUCGCAUUUGGAGAUUACAGUCCAACCUGGAGAUUCCACAGGAAGAUAGUCCACGGAGCUCUGUGCAUGUUUGGAGAGGGCUCUGCCUCCAUCGAGAAGAUCAUCUGUGCAGAGGCCCAGUCUCUGUCCUCCGUCCUGUCCGAGGCAGCAGCUGCUGGACUGGCCCUGGACCUGUCUCCUGAGCUGACCCGGGCCGUCACCAACGUCAUCUGUUCGCUCUGCUUCAACUCGUCCUACUGCCGCGGAGACCCGGAGUUUGAGGACAUGCUUCACUACAGCCAGGGCAUCGUGGACACUGUGGCAAAGGACAGCCUGGUGGACAUCUUCCCCUGGUUACAGAUAUUUCCCAAUGCAGACCUGCGUCUUCUGAAGCACUGUGUUUCAAUCAGAGACCAACUUCUUCAGAAGAAAUAUGAAGAACACAAGGCAGACUACAGUGACCAUGUGCAGAGAGACCUGCUGGACGCUCUGCUGAGAGCCAAACGCAGCGCUGAGAACAACAACACGGCGGAGAUCAGCGCUGAGUCGGUGGGCCUCAGUGACGACCACCUCCUCAUGACCGUGGGAGACAUCUUUGGAGCUGGCGUGGAAACCACCACCACCGUGCUCAAAUGGGCCGUCACGUACCUCAUCCAUUACCCACAGGUGCAGAGACGUAUCCAGGAGGAGCUGGACAGUAAGGUGGGGGAGGACCGGUUCCCCCAGCUCAGUGACAGAGGCAGUCUACCCUACCUGGAGGCCACCAUCAGGGAGGUGUUACGGAUCCGCCCUGUGGCCCCACUGCUCAUCCCCCACGUGGCCCUCAGUGACACCAGCAUAGGGGACUUCACAGUGAGGAAAGGAACUCGCGUCAUCAUCAACCUGUGGUCUCUGCACCACGAUGAGAAGGAAUGGAAGAACCCAGAGCUCUUUGACCCUGGUGAGAGGAAACUGCUGUCAAAUACCAGGUUUUACUCCAGACAGUAAUGCUCUGAAUGUGUUUGGU